AAAUAGUUAAAAAAGAAUAACAGAAAGCUUAACAGAGUUGAUCCGGCGUCUCCACCAAGCCAAGCCAAAACCCUACCUGAACCUCUUUCAUUUCAUUUCAUUCACCAUAACAACAAUGUCUCUCCAAAUUCUCCGAUCUCGAUUCUUCUCCGUCGCAGCAUCAUCGUCUUCGAAGCCAUUCCGCUUUUCCAAAGUCACUCCUCAACCUUCUUCACGUUUCUCAUCCACCGCCGCUCCUGCUACUCCUCAUCCUCCUCCUUCCGCCACUCCUUCUCCACCUCCUCCUUCUUCCGCCACUCCUCCACCUUCUUCCGCCACUCCUCCUCCACCUCCUCCUUUUUCUUCCACCGCUUCCCCUAACCGCUGGAACUUCCUCAAAUACGCCGCCAUCGGUGCCUUAACCGGAACCACCGCCGUUGCCGGUUACGCCUCUUACGCUUAUAGUACGGACGAAAUUGAUGAGAAAACGAAGUUGUUUCGUGAUUCGACUAAGUACUCUCCACCUGAUGGAGCUACUUCUCUCGAUAAAUUUCAAGGGAUGGUAUACUCAACUGCAGUGACAGUGCCUGCUAAAGCAGUAGAGCUUUAUUUGGAUGCAAGAAGGUUUAUUGAAGAACAUGUUAAGGGUUAUACAGAACCAUACACGGACAAGCUCCUUCCAGAUUUGCUUCCUCAGGAGCAACAUGUGUUCACACUUGUUCUAGAUCUCAAUGAAACAUUGAUUCACUACAUUUGGACGCGAGAUACAAGCUGGCAGACUUUUAAAAGACCUGGAGUUGAUGCCUUCUUGGAACAUCUAGCUCAGUUCUUUGAAAUAGUGGUGUAUACAGAUGAACAGAAUAUGUUUGUAGACCCUGUUAUAGAAAGGCUGGAUCCUAAGCACUGCAUUAGGUACAGGCUCUCGAGACCUGCUACUAAGUAUCAGGAUGGGAAACACUAUAGAGAUCUUUCAAAACUAAACAGGAAUCCUGCAAAAGUUAUGUACUUAAGUGGCCAUGCUUUAGAAAGUUGCCUACAACCUGAGAACUGUGUCCCUAUUAAGCCAUGGGUGCAGACUGAUAAAGAUGAUACAGCUCUUGUGGAUUUCAUACCAUUCCUUGAGUUUGUUGCCCGUACUAGCCCGGCUGAUAUAAGACCAGUGCUGCAGUCUUACCAAGGAUGUGAUAUUCCGAGUGAAUUCCUCAGGCGUUUGAAAUUGCAUAAGGAGAAAACUGGAGGACAGAGACGCCUCUGGAAGUAACAAUACUGAAUUGAAUGAUACAAGUUUGUCGUCAAGAGAUUUUCAGUUUCAUGAUAAUUGAUUAGUCAGUCAACAAAAGAUUUUUGAAGCCGCUGCAAAAUCAAGGAGUGAUUAAGCCAAAUAGAUAAAAUGUAGAUUUUUGUUUGUGCCCUGAACCAGAGUCUUGAACCAUCAUUUUUUGGCCUACAUAAUUCCAUUGCUGGUAUUGAUUUUGAAGAUAUUUGUUGUUUUUGGUAUGAUAGAAAAGUUAGUUCUUAAUGCUGAAUGCUUAAAUUUCCGUUAAGGACUUCUCAAAUUACAGAAGUUUGCUCACUCCUGUUCAAGUUUCAAUUGGACAUCUGCAAAUUCAACUUUUGUCUACAUACCCAGUUUGAAAUGAAAGUGAAGAGUGGAUUGCUUUUGCAAAAUGAAGUUGGUAAUACAAAUA